CUUGUUUUCUGAAGUGUCAGGAACGUUGCAGACCGUUGGGCGGGUCCUACGCUGCUGCGCGGGUUUAACAUUCACAUCGCAUACACAUACAUUCCUACGGCGUACGUCGCACAGCAUACAUAGCAGAAGAUUUUGCCGGCUAUCGUCCUUACAUCUACUACUUAUCACGUACAGUAUAACUGCAUGGUAUCACAGUGAAUCGCAACCAAAUACCAGACCACUUACCAUACCAAGAAAGGAAAAAGAAAGGAAAAAGAAAGGAACCAAAAAUGAGCCUUGACAACCUCCGCCAAGACUUCACCAUCCACCCAAUCCCCGAAAUCGACGACGACUUAGAAACCACAGCAACAAAGCUCAAAGACCUAGCCUCCGUGGUGCAAAAAGGCAACAGCCUCGCUCUCUGGACGGGUCUGAAGGCAGCGACUCCGCAGCCACGCAGUGAUGCGGAGACAAAUGCGCGAAUGCAGAUGACGCCUUCGGAGCGGCAGGUUUAUGAUGCGUGGAAGGAGGGGAAGUAUCAAAUUCCGGAGUUUGAGUGGAUGGGGAACGUGGCUGUUGUUCCGAAGGGAGCGCAGAGUUUGAAGAAGUUUGAGAAGAGGGCGAUUGCUAUGGAUAUUAUUUGGGGAUGGAGACCCUUAUCUCAGCCUGAAAGGGAAGAUAAGGGAGAAGGAGAGGGGUCAAGUGCAAGUGACAGUAUUAGUACGAACGCUAGAGCCACGCCAGAGAAUGCGUCGUGGUUGACGUUUAACAUGCCAGCCACGUUACCGUUGAUUCAAGCUGUCGUCCGGGUGUUGAACGCGGAGAACCAAGCGCAGCAGAAUCCUCACGCUGGGUUAUCGGAGAUGGAAAUUGUCGAGAUGGAAACGGCGCGCAAGAUUGUGGCGGCCGCCGAGAGGAACCGUUCCCGUGAACUGGAACGCAUCCGUCUUCUGACUCGGUCGAUUAGCCAAAAUACGGAGGUGAUGAAAGCUCGGAUACAGAGUCUGGAGAAACGGCUCCAAUCAUCAUCAUCAUCAUCAUCAUCCUCAUCCUCCUCCUCGCAGUCAUCACUGUCGCCGUCGACACUGGAAACGACGGUGCUUAGGGGGGGGAAGCGAAAACAGCGUGAAUCGGAUUGAUCUCGGUACACUGUGCCGUAUACUUCGUACUCUAUACGGAUAUUGCCGGACUACGGGAAUAACUUUGGGCAUCCGAACACAUGAUUCAAAUUUGAGACAGGUCAGUGGACUUGGUUUUGGCAUGAUGCAAGGAAUUUCCUCAAUAUCAAGAAAUAUUGCCGGCAUUUUCAUCCAUUGACCCAUACCGGGAUUGGGGAUGUUUACGGCGGGUUCCGUGCACCGGCAUAACAGCCAGCAUUGGCAAUGAGGUCAUAGACCCAUUUGUACAAUACACCCUGUAAUAUCUGUAAUACCGUACGCUGCAGGAGUGCGGGCAUUUGAUACAUAAGAUUGGUGUUAUUUGCAUGAACCU